AUGGCGUUCUCCGACGACGACGGCGCAGCCUCCAAUGGCUUCCCCGCCGGACGCUCCGUCAGUGGGAGGGGCAACUCCUCCACCAGCGCCAACGACAAGGCGGCCGACGCGUACCGGAAGGCCCUGAGCACGGCAGCCUCGGCGGCCGCGUACGCGGUUCUGGCACGGAGCAUGGCGCGUGAGCUCCUCCCCGACGAGCUGCGCGCAGCGGCGCGCUGGGGCGCGUCCGUGUUCCGCGCGCGGCUCGGCUGGGGCGGCGCCAGGGAGCGGCGCACGCUCGUCGUCCGGAGCCAGACCGGCGGCGGCUCCGGCAGCGAGGAGAACCUCCUCUUCGACGCUGCGCGCACGUACCUGUCGUCCAGGCUCGACCCGCGCGACAUGCGCCGUCUCGGGCUCACGCUGUGCAAGUCCAGGGACGACACCGGCCGGAGAAGCUGGAGGAAGCGCCUGUUCAUCGAGCCCGAGGACUCCACCAUCGACGUCUUCGACGGCGUCCAGUUCACGUGGACGUCCGUCGAGAAGAGCAACGGCAGCGGAGGAGAGAAGAAGAAAGCGAAUGCCGGGGAGUCCGGCACCGGCGGCGACCGCGAGUUCAUGCUAAUGCUCAGCUUCGACGCGGAGCUCACAGAACUGGCGAUGGAGAGGUACGUGCCCUUCGUCAUGACGGCGGCCGAGGAGACGGAGCUGCGGGAGCGAUCGCUCAAGAUCUGCCUGAACGAGGGGCGUUCGUGGUUUGGCCUGAACCACCACCACCCCGCCACGUUCGACACCCUCGCCAUGGACCCGACGCUCAAGCAGUCCAUCGUUGCCGACCUCGACCUGUUCGCCAACCGGAGGGACCACUACCGGCGGAUCGGCAAGGCGUGGAAGCGCGGCUACCUGCUCUACGGCCCGCCUGGCACCGGCAAGUCCAGCCUGGUCGCCGCCAUGGCCAACCACCUCCGCUACAACAUCUACGACCUCGACCUCAGCCACGUCGAGAGCACGAUGCUCCGGUGGCUGCUCCCCAACAUGCACGACCGCUCCAUCCUCGUCAUCGAGGACAUCGACUGCUGCUGCGAUGCCAUGUCAAGGGCUGUCGACGGCAAGGGGAGCAAGACGCCGGCGGGGACUGGCGAAGACAACAGUAGCGACUCAUCAGAAUCCUUGGCUCUGCCCCCGUUGCCCAAGCGCAAUACUGAGGUUACCCUGUUCGCGCUGCUCAAUUUCAUCGACGGGCUGUGGUCGACGAGCUGCGAGGAGCGCAUCAUCGUCUUCACCACCAACUACAAGGACCGUCUCGACCCGGCGCUGCUGCGGCCGGGGCGCAUGGACAUGCACAUCUACAUGGGCUUCUGCUGCUGGGAAGCAUUCAAGACACUUGCCCGGAACUACUUCGUCGUCGACGAUCACCCCCUGUUCCCGGAGAUACAGGAACUGCUUGCGGCGGUGCAGGUGACGCCGGCCGAGGUGUCCGAGAUGCUGCUGAGGACCAAUGACCCCGACGUCGCGCUCCGAGGCCUCGCAGAGUUCCUCAAAGAGAAGAAGCAGGGACAAAUUAAGAAGGCAUGA